AUGUCUGAUGAUAGUGCCACUAUUGCAGAUCUACGAGCUCAACUCGAGGUCGCUAGAGAGAAAGAACAUGCCGCCAAAGCUGCUGCCCUUGCCGCCAAAGAGAAAGAACAUGCCUCCACAGGCAACACAAGCUUAGCAGAGUAUCUGGCUCUGUAUCAAGAGUACUUUGCAUACCCGCUCCAUUGCGAGCCGAUGUCUUCAAGGAAUACGAGAGGUGGCGUUACCAGCCCGCUGAAACGUCUCACUCCCACCACCGUUGAGCCUUGGACUGAAUUUGAAGAUCUACAGCGCCGUUCGUAUCAGGAGCUAUGCGAGAAGCUUGGAAAUCGAGAACUCUUUCCCGAUAAGGCAAACCUCAUCGGUGCUCGCGGAACCGUCUCUUCAUUUCUGAUCACCUCGAAAGAGGCCAUCACUACAUAUGUCAGGGCGGCGGAGAUUCCACCUGUCAAAGAAAUAGUCUGUCAAUAUAUCCAAAGCGGAGGCGGUGGCGAACAGAGUAGCCUCGGCGUGCGCUAUACACCUGGUGGUGAUCCGGAAUCGGCGGCCGGGAAAGUGUUUGUCCCCGUGGACGGUGUGUGGAAUCGAGGUGGACCUGGAUCGGAUCGGCCGAUCGCCCUGGCUGAGUUGAAACCUCCGCAUAAGCUGACGACGGGGGCCCUCAGGACUGCAUUAGAUGACGGUAAUGGCAAAGCUCGGAAGAGCUUCGAGUCUCAACCAAUCAUCCAAUCACCACACGCUCGGAACGACCCCUUAUACACCGUCCUCGCUGUUUUUACGCAGGUCUUCGAUGAAAUGAUCAGCAGUGGCACAGAGUUUGCCUACGUCGACACCGGAAUGGCACGAGUUUUUUUCCGGAUCCGCCGCACGGAGUCAACAGUCCUUUAUUACAGCCUCGACGUUUCUCCUAGAGAGGUCAUCGCAGACGCCAGGAGCACGGCGGUGUGCCAAAUUGCUUUGUUUCUCUGUCGCUGUCUCACGGUUGAGAAGUUUGAUCAGAAUUGGAUAGCAGAAGCUCGUGCCAGUAAUUCUCGGUUUGAGGUAGAUCCUGAAGCCCAGUUGGACAUGUUAGCCUCGCAGGACUCGAGCGCCUCCGAAGUUAUAACACCCAGCGAGGACGACUAUGAACCAGCGCGGAAUGCACCGAAAAAACGCAAACGCGCGAACCGCCACGAGAGAGAUCUAUUAUUGCACCACGGAGAACAUGACUCGGAGGACGAUGGCGACAACGAUGACUCUUCGCUGAACCGACAGCAACCGGGAGUUCGACUCCACGCAAAGGCUACAGAAUCUGAAGCCCAGCAUAGUACGACUUCACCGUCGACGACGUCGAGUGAUCGUCGUCGACAAAAUGCAGGGCACUCUUUUUUGAGCGACCAGAAAACCGAUGAGCCCUGCCCUCCUCAUGCCUGUUGCGUCUUCUGUCCUGCUUCUGAAUCGGGUCAACCAUACUGUACUCAAGUCUGCCUUCAGCGGCUGACAAAUAGCACCGCAUCAGGCCUUUCACGAGCGCUAGAUCGGACAUGUCCCAAUGUGGACCGACACUCUUUAUCGUCGCCGGAUCACGAGCUGUCGGCCGAGACCCUGUGCGACUUGCUGCGUCAUCAGCUGCGCAGGAGCCGCGAUCACGCUAUGGACCAUCUGAAAAUUCGAGGUGGUAUCGGGCAUCUCUUCCGCGUCACCCUCUGCUCAUACGGCUACACUUUUGUCGCAAAAGCCGUUAGAGAAGAUCACCUCCGUUCGCUCACUCGCGAGUAUGCUAUCUAUGGGAAGCUGCGUCAGCUACAGGCAGAAUUCAUCCCUGUCUGCCUCGGGCUCAUCGAGCUAGAGACUCCCUAUGUUCUCCCCUUUCCUGAUAUUCUUACCCACCUCCUCCUGCUGUCCUACUCUGGACCCGACUUAUUAUCUUCAGAGGGCCCAUCCCUCCAACCCGAAGAACUACGCUCCAGCGCCGAAGCGACCCUGAAGAAGCUUCAAAUCAAUGGCCUCCAGCAUGGUGAUGUGCGAAAAGGAAAUAUGCUGUGGAAUACCGAGCGGAGUCGAGUGUUCAUGUUGGACUUCGAGUCGUCCGAAUUUCCCGGUGUGCCGGCCGCUCCACCAUCGCCAAGGGUAAUCGGGACUCCUCCCAAGCGCAUGCGCACUGCCGCUAUUGAUAGAGUGAUAGGUCAGGCGAGCUCGUCUAGCCAGCGGAAGAAGCAGCGAGCGGAUGAAGAGAAGAGAAAGAAGAUACUAAACGACGCUGAUUUUGCCGGCUUGAGGCAAGAAAUCCAGUAG